AUGACUGGGAUGAAGAUCGAUGAAGAAUUUGUACCCGAUAGGCGCAUUGAGGUUGAAACAGAUGAUGAGGAAAACGAAGCGGAAAUUGAUUGUGACGACGACGAUGAUGAAACCGGAUCCGAGUGUGGAGUACCUUACGCCACAGCUCAAAGGAAUUCCAGCAUCAUCACCGAUUCUCAAUCACAAAACCAUGAACCCUGGCCUCAAACUUACAGGCAGUCAAUGGACAUGUACACAAUGCCCCUUCAUUCUAUGAAUUCUUUUAGAGGUGCAUCAGAGUUGAAUCUACCAAUCAAAUCAACUUUUGGUUCUACAAAUGAUCAAUCCACCUUGCGCAAGCGCCUCAUUUCUGCAACAAGCUUGGACAAAGAUCAAGUUCCUGUUUCAACACUCCCUAUUAAGUUAUCUCAAACAUCAAACUUAAGAAUCUCUGGCCUCCAUGAUUUACCACCUCCGGUAGAGCAGUGCACAUUUUAUCAGUCGGUCCUUAAUGCAACAAAUGUCCUAUGCGGCAUAGGGAUCCUAUCAAUGCCUUAUACAUUUAAAGAAGGAGGAUGGUUGACCCUUUUGCUUCUCAUGGUUUUUGGUGCUAUUACAUGCUACACUGGAAUAUUGUUGAAAUUAUGUUUAGAAAGAUUUCAUGGACUCCAGACGUACCCUGAUAUUGGACAAGCCGCCUUUGGUUUUUUCGGCCGCAUAUGUAUAGCUAUGGUUUUGUACAUGGAGUUGUUUUCCUCUUGUGUGGAAUACUUAAUAAUGAUGAAUGAUAACUUGUCAGCACUUUUCCCACAUGCCCACUUGGAUAUCGGCGGCAUACAUCUUGAUUCGUAUCAGUUCUGUGCCAUUAUAUCCACCCUUGUGAUCCUUCCAACAGUUUGGCUGCGAAACCUCAGCUUACUCUCAUAUAUUUCAGCUGGAGGAGUUCUAACAUUGGCAACUGUGGUGUUCUGCUUGCUAUGGCUAGGGGUGGUUGAUAGAAUCGAAUAUCACCCAAGUGGGACUGCUUUAGAGGUUGGAAGUUUUCCUCUAGCAGUUGGUCUUGUUGGUUUCUGCUAUGGCGGCCAUUCAGUUUUUCCGAAUAUCUACACUUCUAUGAAAGAACCUUGGAGAUUUCCAUCAGCUCUUAUUAUCAGCUUUUCUGUAUCUUUCGUUUUGUAUACUGCAGUAGGAGUAUAUGGCUACUUGAUGUUUGGGGACUCCAUUAAAUCUCAAUUCACUCUAAAUAUGCCCACAAAUUAUACUACCUCCAAAGUUGCAGCAUGGACAGUGGUUGUGGCCCCUGUUACAAAGUUUGCCUUAACACUUACACCCAUAGCAUUUGGUAUUGAAGAACUGUUGCCUCCAUCUCAACAAAAUUCUUAUGUUGUGUCGAUAAUCAUAAGAACGGCAUUAACAUUUUUCAUUCUGCUUGUAGCUUUAACAGUUCCAUAUUUUGGAGUUGUGAUGGGAUUGAUUGGAUCCGUACUCGUGAUGCUUGUAUCUAUUAUAUUUCCUUGUGCUUGCUACCUGCGGUUACUCCGUGGCCGAACCACCACAUUCCAGAUCACAAUUUGUUGUUUGAUGAUUUUUGCGGGAUUAGUAUGUGCCGUUGCGGGCACAUAUUCGUCGCUCGCAAGUAUACCUGGUUAG